AGGAGUCAUGGCUGAGCUCUGCUGGGAAUCUGGGAGACUUAGACUAUGCUGCUCUACCCCUAGAGUAACAGCCUCGUGGAACACAUAAACCGGGUAAUCAUCACUCAGCUGCCCCUUGUCACUGCCAAUCACCAGGGCAACUGGGAUUGCCAUCUGCUCCUCGUCCUGCUGGCGGGCCACUCCGCUGUGCAGGAGGACACUGUAUUUACCCUGAUGUUCGGACUUGAUCUUAGAACACCCUGAGCUUGUGUUUGACCAGAAGAGGACAACAUGCCUGGGGCAGGAUAUGCCAAGGACCUCCACAACAACUUCCACACUGUGCACCAGCUCACAAGGAACCACCAGGGUGAUGCCAGCACUCAGCAGAAGCGGGCAUACAACUCGUACUGUCAGGGGCUGUCACGCUCACAUACCGGAGCGUUCCCAGUUUCCCUGGCUACUUAAACCACUUCCUUGUUUUCCUACUCUCAUCUGUUUCUGUGGUUUCCUGUCUCCUCUCCUUUAGCUCCAGCUGUUCCUCGUUUAUCCUGCGUUAGUGAUUCUAUUUUAAUCGUGUGUUUGCUAGUCAUUCUAUUCUUGUUCUGUUGCAAGUACUCUCUGCGAUACAGGCCAAGUUACCAUUUUCGUGUUCGCUAGUGUGGUUCUGUUAUCGGUCCUCGUCAGGUGUUCUUCCUUCUAUUGUACUUUCUCUCUGUGCGCUCGUCUACGUUGCGUUCCCUGUUGGUAUUCGCCAGUCUUAUUCUGUUCUCACGUCGCAUCGUUUCCAUUUUGAUUUCACUUCCCCGUUUAUGACGGAAGUAUUGUGUAGUCUUUUCUUUUCAGCUCGGUUUUUGUCUAUAACCCUCUAGUCUUCCAUUUAGCUCUAUUCCCCGUGUUUCCUGUUUUUGUCUUUUGUUAUCUGGUUUAAGACGGGGGAAUACACUGAACCGGGCUACUUGUCAGUUUUCUUCCCCGCUUGUCCUAGUUUUACGCUUCAUCGUUGUUCUUCCGUUAGUCAUUCCUUAGUGUUUAUUUCUUUUGUUGCCUGGUUAUCAUCCUCAUCCUGUUUAGCCUCUUCUAAAAAUUGUAAUUACACAAAAUUAGAAGAGGAUUCCGUAACUUUUGAACUGCUCUAUAAAUCACCUGAGAAGAUGAAGGACAUAAAAUGGAAACAUGAACAGAGUAAUACUAUAGUUGCCAGAAGAAACAAAGGCCAAAUCUCAAAUGUCUGGGGGGAAAUUGCAGAAAAUGGGUCCCUGAAUAUCAAACAAAUCAAACGUAACUAUAAUGGCAGUUUUACAGUUGACGCUUAUGAUGAAUUUGGCAGUCUGCUAUUAAAAGCCACCACAAUACUCUGUGUUUAUGAAAAGAUACUUAAGCCAGCUGUUAAUUUCACAUGUGCUAAAGGGAGGCCUAAAUUAACAUGUGAAUUUAAAAACAAUAAAGAGCUAACCAUCAUCUGGCGAAAAGAUGGAAAAGAAUUUCGUCGGGGGACAUCAGAUCAGGAACAAGUUAUUAAAACAGAAAAUGGAAAGUAUCAAUGUACUGUGAGCAAUCCAGCUCACAAUGAUACUAGUAAAGAAAUCACAACAGAUUGUUCAACGAAUGAAUCAGAUAAGCUCUUUGGCUUUGACUUCUGGGUCAUGUUGGCCCUUCUAGCAGGUGGAGGAGGGCUUGUAAUCUUACUGAUAAUUCUGCUGAUAACAUGUGCCUGGCAAAGGUGUAAACAGCAAGAGAAACGUCAGCAAGACAUACAGGAGCUCAGGUUGAACCACCUACAAAACCCUCCACCUUAUGAUGACCAAAGGUCAAAGCAAACUGCAAGAGGUCAGCCAGCUCCUCCACUCCCUUUGGAUGAAGCAGAUGAUUACAUCAAUAAUCCAGCUGAAGUCCUGCUUCAGACCCAGACCAAAACCAAGGGCCAGGGCCGUGGUCGGCCCCCUCCACCUCCCAUAGAUGAAGAUGAGGAGCCUCCACCACUACCCCAACCUAGGAAAAAGGCUCCACGUGCCAGAAAGAGUCAAGAACCUAGGUCCUUACAGCAAUGAGAGUACUCCAACAGCUAAGUCUCUGAUUCUGCAGGGUCAUUGUUGAUAUAACUUGACAUUUCAAGACUACACUGUGAAGGUGAGGCCGACUGUCAUUUAUGCCAAUCAUUUGUCAUUAAUUUAUCUGUACAUGAGCAGCUAUUUGCAUGCUUUUAAAAUAUUGUCCAGUUUUCUUCACUGGUCAGUUUCUGAUAACAGGUCCACUGGUGUUUGAAUAUUAUUUUACAUGACGCCUAUACAAGAAUAUAUUUACAACUUAUGUACUUAUAUGUAACUACUAUACUUUAUGUUAAGUUUAUUUAUUUUAGAAAUGUAUAAAUGUUCACCCCCAACGAGUGGUUAUUAUUUUCAUUUAGUGCUUAGUAUAUGUAGAAAUAUUCCCAAGAGCUUUGUAAUGGCACACUUGAAUCAGAAUAAAAAGCCAAUGAAUGGGUCACCAAAUAGUUGUGUUUU